AUGUCAUGGCACCCCCAGUACCGGAGCUCCAAGUUCCGCCACGUCUUUGGCAAACCAGCCAGCAAGGAGAACUGCUACGACUCCGUGCCCAUCACCCACAGCGUCCAAGACAAUCACUUCUGCGCUGUGAACCCCCACUUCAUCGCGGUCGUGACUGAGUGUACUGGCGGGGGUGCCUUCCUCGUCAUCCCCUUGCACCAGACAGGAAAGUUGGACCCCCACUACCCGAAGGUCUGCGGGCACAGAGGGAAUGUCUUAGAUGUCAAAUGGAACCCUUUCAAUGAUUUUGAGAUCGCCUCCUGUUCUGAAGACGCCACGAUUAAACUCUGGGACAUCCCCAAGCAGCUGCUGACCAAGAACCUCACAGCCUUCAGGAAGGAGCUGGUGGGCCACGCCCGCAAAGUGGGCCUGGUGGAGUGGCACCCCACGGCUGCCAACAUCCUCUUCAGCUCCGGCUACGACUACAAGGUGAUGGUCUGGAACCUGGAUUCAAAGGAGACUGUAAUCAUGAGCCCCGUGAAGACAAUUAACUGUCACCAAGACGUGAUCCUCUCCAUGUCCUUCAACACCAACGGCAGCCUGCUGGCCACCGCCUGUAAAGAUCGCAAGAUUCGGGUUCUAGACCCCCGAGCAGGGACUGUCCUCCAGGAAGCCAACUAUAAAGGGCACCGGGCCAGCAAAGUGCUAUUUCUGGGGAACUUGAAGAAGCUGCUGUCCACAGGCACAUCCCGAUGGAACAACCGGCAGAUGGCCCUUUGGGACCAGGAUGACCUGUCUGUGCCUGUCACAGAGGUGGACCUCGACGGCUCCUCCGGUGUGCUGUUUCCCUUCUACGACGCGGACACCAGCAUGCUCUACGUGGUGGGGAAGGGGGACAGGAACAUCCACUACUAUGAGAUCAGUGCCAACAAACCUCACUUGAACUACCUGACGGAAUACCACUCCUAUAAUCCACAGAAGGGGAUCGGUGUUAUGCCAAAGAGAGGUCUCGACGUGUCCUCCUGUGAGAUCUUCCGUUUCUACAAGUUGAUCACAACCAAAAGCCUCAUCGAGCCCGUAUCCAUGAUUGUACCCCGACGGUCAGAAUCCUACCAAGAGGACAUCUACCCGCCCACGGCCAGUGCCCAGCCCUCUCUGACAGCCCAGGAGUGGCUCAGUGGGAUGAAUAAAGAGCCCGUCCUGAUGUCCCUCAGGCCUGGGGCCGAGCCGCUGAGCCCGCAGCCUCUGCCCUCAGAGAGAACCCUGUCCGUGCCCACGGACCCCACCUCGCCUCAUCUCCUUAACCAGACGGGAAGGCUGCUUGCAGAGGAUGGCCGGGGGCCCUUCUCCCUGCCAGAGGAGAAGGCGCCAAGGUGGGCGGCAGAACACAGGCUGGAGGAGAAGAAAACCUGGCUCACGGAUGGCUUUGACAUCUUUGAGUGCCCCCCACCGAAGACAGAGAACGAGCUGCUGCAGAUGUUCUAUCGGCAACAAGACGAGAUCCGAAGGCUCCGGGAGCUGGUGACCCAGCGCGAGGUCCAGGCCAAACAGUUGGAACUGGAGAUCAGAAACUUGCGUAUGAGCUCACCAAGGCUUUGA